UCGGAGCGUAAACCUUACCGGUAAGGUGGCUUUUCUCUGAUUUCAGGUUAUUGCAUGGGGGAUUCCCGUCUCCAGCCUGACUCUCACUGGGGGGGAGGGUCAGUGGUAGGGUGGUGAUGGUGGCUGGCAUUAUGAGUGUAAUGAGCCAUAUGCUGUGGCUGGGUUUACAAUGGGACAGAAUUCAUGCCUACUCUUUUUAUUUAGAUUGAAAGAGAGAUUUUGAAGUUUCUGGGAGCCAGGUAGCUUUUUUCAUCUUGUGAGAACUUUGGACACCAUAAAUGUUCAGUUACAUGAGAAUUAAAAGAAAAAUCUUUUGUCAGAGGUGGUUUUGGAUACUUUUCACAGUAGCUGCACGCUUCAGGAGGGCAAAAAUGACUGAUGAGCAUGAUCUUUCUGGUUUAGAAAGGAAAGACUAACAUUUAUUUUGCAGCUACUGAAUCUCCUCAUUCAGACUGUUAGAUUAGCUGAUGCAUCACCACACUGCACUACAUAACUAAUGUAGGAGAGGCACUUGCCACUGUCAGACAUGGCUGUAGACUGUCAUUAGAGGAAAACAGAAAAAGUUGAUGCUAUACAUGCAGAUGUUUUCUCACUAAUGGAUUCUGUCUUUGCAGGUUUAGCUUCACAAGAUGGACCUGAGGGUAACAAGCGUUCUCCUCGUCCUCCUAGCUUUGGCUGAGGCAACCCCUGACAGAUACUACCAUGUGCCAAAAGUGAGCAAGAGUGCCUACCCUGUCAAGAGUCAUGUGCUAUCUGUUGCAGGUCCUCCUGGUCCUCCUGGUCCUCCAGGUGAGCCAGGACCAAUGGGCCAAGUUGGACCUCCUGGAACGAGUGGUGUGGGACAUACUGGACCACAAGGCCCAGCCGGACCUCCUGGACCCCCUGGCUACUCUCAAGCAGGUAAACCUGGUAUCCCAGGUGGCCCUGGAAAACCAGGUGGCCCUGGCAUGCCUGGUGACAGAGGCGCACCUGGUGCAACUGGAGCAAUGGGUCCCAGAGGUGCACCUGGUUCACCUGGAACUCCCGGACCUGCUGGAUUUUCUGCUGCUGGUAAACCCGGACCAGCUGGCCUCCCUGGAGGAAUGGGACCAAGAGGAGAGCCUGGUUUGAAGGGACAUCCUGGUAUUCCUGGUCUUCCUGGCCCCAAGGGAGAGAGAGGCAUUGGAGUUCCUGGUGUUCAAGGACCACCAGGCGCAGUUGGACCAUCUGGCCCAUCUGGUAUGCCUGGCAAACCUGGAGUUGGUCAAACUGGUGCUACUGGCUAUCCUGGAGAGCCUGGCAAGUCUGGAAUGCCAGGAAGAGAUGGUGCUCCUGGGCCAAUGGGUAUGACAGGGCCAAAGGGUCACACUGGAGCUCCAGGCAUAGGAGCAUCAGGGAAACCAGGUCAAAAUGGUAGCCCAGGUGUGCCUGGACCUAUGGGACUUAAAGGUCCACAGGGUCCAGCUGGUCAGCCAGGUACCCCUGGCAUGCCAGGUGUUGGUAAACCAGGAGAACCUGGAUCACCAGGUGGCAGAGGAGCCCCCGGUACUCCUGGAACCACUGGUCAGAAAGGUGAGCCAGGCCCCACUGGUUUUACUGGUCAGCCAGGUGCAACUGGUCCUAUUGGCCCAGCUGGUCCACAAGGUUCAAGAGGAUUCCAGGGUGAGCAAGGCCCACAUGGACCCAAAGGCGACACUGGUAUGGUUGGUGCACCGGGGCCUAGGGGAACCAAAGGUGACCAGGGAGCUCAGGGUUUCACUGGGAAACCCGGUAUCCCUGGGGCAGUAGGUCCUGCAGGUAUGCCAGGUCAUACUGGUCCCCAGGGUCAAAAGGGUUCACAAGGCCCUGUUGGUGCCCCAGGAAUUCCAGGUUCAAAUGGCGCUCCAGGACAUAAAGGACACACAGGCUCCCCAGGAGCACCAGGAAAAAGUGGUGAGAACGGAAGGCCAGGUCCCAUGGGACCAGUUGGGCCCCCUGGUCAUUCAGGUCCCUCUGGAGCCAAGGGCCAUCCAGGUCUUCCAGGCCCACCUGGCCCAGCUGGCCUAACAGCUAAGGGAAUUUCUGGUCCUCACGGUCCACCUGGAAUCCCAGGAGCCAGAGGUCAAGAUGGUAUCCCAGGCUCUGCUGGUCCUCCUGGUCCUCCCGGCCCACCAGGGGAGGUGGUCUAUGCCAAGAGCAUGCCAAUCAAGUCCCACGAGGUUGUGAUGUCUCAUGAAAUGAUGAAGGCCCCUAUGUCUGCCUUCAGUGCUGUGCUGACCAGGGCCUACCCUUCAGCUGCUGCCCCUAUUCAGUUUGAUCAGAUUCUGUACAAUGGGGAGCACCAUUAUGAUUCCCAUAGUGGUGUGUUUACCUGCCAGGUCCCAGGCCUCUACUAUUUCAGCUAUCAUGUGCAUGUCAAUGGUGCCAAUGCAUUGGUUGCCCUCUACAAAAAUGAGGAGCCAGUUGUUUUCACCUAUGAUGAGUACAACAAGGGCUUCCUGGAUCAGAUGUCAGGCAGUGCUGUUCUUAUGCUGUAUGCCGGUGACAGAGUCUAUGUCCAGGUACCUGAUGAGGAGAGUAAUGGUAUAUUUGCAGCAGACAACGUUCAUUGCUCUUUCUCUGGGUUCUUGAUUGCCUCCACGUGAUUUCACAAAUCCAAUUACACCUCAAAAUAUUACAAAACAUUGAACUACUCAGAGAAAUAUGUCAGUUUACAAAAUUCCAUUGAGAUUGUACUUUAAAGAAAAACAUGGUUGUAAUUUUACAAGUUUAACUGCCUCAUUCAAAUCUUUGCAAUGAUGGAAAAGUCUUCAAUUUGCUAAGAAAUUACUCGACUGACAGAGGCAUUAAUAGUGAGUAAAAUUUUAAAAUAUAUGGUUCUUAUUGAUCCCUUUUCCCAGUUCACCUUGUGUGUGCCUUUACAAUUUUAAGAAACAUGAAAUAAUAUUGGAAGAUAUCUUAAAUGGUGCUCUACAACUGCCUGUAACAUUUACAGCACGUCUUUUAUAUGUGUUUGUUUUUAUUAAUGUCUGUUGUUUAAGAUUUUUCCUGUAAUAUACAUACAAAAGACACACAAAACUGUGGUACUAUGUAUUAUUAGAGAUCAGCACAUUCUCACAAGCACUAUGAUUAGUAAACAACACAGAAUGACAAAUUCAAACUGCAUUUUGUCAAAAAAAAAAAAAAGUACCAUUGGAUGUUUUAAGUUAUGUACCACUGACCAAAGCACAGAAUAAAGUUCUCGUUUGAAAAAGAAACAUGUCCUGUGUAUUGUGUGUGAUAUUCUACCGGACAGUAUGGGUCCUUAUCUAAAAGUCAUGAGUCAGGGGAAUAAAAUGAAAUGUGUGUUGGUGAGGGAUAAA